AUGUUGGACACUUUCGAAAUCAUCACCACCAACGGUGUUGUCCUUUGGUCCAGAGAAUAUGCCCCCAUAAAUUCCUCCAUUGUGAACAGCUUCAUCUCCGAUACAUUUAUUGAGGAAAAGAGUGGUAGUUCGGCAUUAGGAGACUCGCAAUCAGCCGCAACAAAUCCUCCAUACAAGAGCGACCAGCACACGUUGAAAUGGACUGUGGUCAAGGAGCUCGGUGUUAUCUUUGUGGCUGUCUACCGGUCACUCCUCCAUCUAUCCUGGGUCGAUAAACUUGUGGACAAUAUCAAGACCAUCUUUAUCAACCUCUACGGCGAACAGCUCAAGAAACCACACACGACGAUUGUUGAAUGCACCGGGUUCGACAACUACUUUGAUCAACAACUACACGAACUAGAUACGUCGACUGCAUCGAAUCGGACAGUGCAACCGGUACGCUCCGUUGACGACGGCCCCUCUGCUCCAGGUCUAACAUACCGAGGUCGCAAUAUCAAUGGUGGACAGGAUGAGGGACUUUCAGACGACUCGAGCCCGGUACUGACACCAAACACUUCGAGACCAUCUACCCCAAGUACUGGCAAUCUGUUAGUGGCCAAAGCUGGGCCUGUCGCCAAGAUGUCUAGACGAGCCCGCAAAGCCAAAAACUCGGCAUCCGCGCCAGCAUCAUCGGGGGACGAGGCGGCGAGUAAGCAAAAGAAGAGUGCCAAGGGGCCCAAGAAGGGACGAAAAUGGGAUGCGGACGGGUUUGCCGAAGAGGAUGAUACAGAUGUGCAGCUUGACUAUUCUGCCAAUCCCACGAGCGAUGUCGAAGCGGAGACUGUCGGUCGGUCAAGUGCUUUGGAUGCCGUCGACGCAUCGACAUGGGGAACCUCUACUAAAGGCAAAUUUGUCCUCAAGGAUCUGGGUGACGAAGUUCACAGCAUGCUUGCCUCCGCUGAGGCUGAAAAGGCUGCAGUAGCAACCAAGUCAGAAACCAAAUCCGGUCUCUUGGGCACGGGUGUCAAUGCCCUAGGCGGCCUGUUCCGCAACGUCGUUGGAGGCAAGACGCUAACCAAAGAAGAUCUUGACAAGGCCAUGAAAGGCAUGGAGGAGCAUCUCCUACGCAAAAACGUAGCACGGGAAGCUGCCGUUCGUCUAUGUGAAGGUGUCGAGAAGGAGCUAGUGGGCGUCAGGACCGGCAACUUUGAAAGUAUCAACACCAAGAUUCAAACAGCCAUGGAAUCCUCCUUGACCAAAAUGCUCACGCCCACCUCAUCCCUUGACCUCCUCCGCGAAAUCGACUCCAUUACCGCACCGCCCGCUACUUCUCUCCGCAAAGCUCGACCCUAUGUCAUUUCCAUCGUCGGCGUCAACGGCGUCGGCAAAUCUACCAAUCUUUCCAAGAUUUGCUUCUUCCUCCUCCAAAACAAGUACAAGGUCCUCAUUGCCGCAGGCGACACGUUCCGGUCAGGAGCCGUCGAACAGCUCGCGGUUCAUGUCCGCAAUCUGAAGGAAUUGACCGCCCGAGAAGGCGGGCGGGUAGAGCUGUACCAAAAGGGGUACGGCAAGGACGCAGCCACCGUAGCUAAGGACGCAGUAUCUCAUGCUGCGCAGGAAGGCUUCGACGUUGUGCUUAUUGAUACGGCUGGCCGACGACACAAUGAUCAACGACUAAUGUCUUCCUUGGAGAAAUUCGCCAAGUUUGCCCAGCCUGACAAGAUUCUCAUGGUUGGCGAGGCUCUUGUAGGAACAGACUCCGUCGCCCAAGCGCGCAACUUCAACGCCGCGUUCGGUUCCGUCCGCACUCUCGACGGCUUCAUCAUCUCCAAGUGCGACACGGUGGGCGACAUGGUUGGAACGCUGGUCAGUCUCGUCCACGCCACCAAUGUACCUGUCCUAUUCGUCGGCGUAGGACAGCAUUACUCAGACUUGAGGAAUUUCAGUGUCAAGUGGGCUGUGGAGAAGUUGUUGAGUAGUAAUUAA